AUGACCUCUAUUGUCAAGUUAGAAACUUUAUCGGGGGUGCGUGAUGAUGGCCCCCUUUGCUAUCUUCUGCAGGUUGAUGAGUCGUACAUUCUUUUGGAUUGUGGCUGGGAUGAGAGUUUUGAUCUCACUUACAUUGAAGCAGUUAAAUCCCGCAUUCCUCUGAUAUCCGCUGUUUUACUAUCUUAUGCGGAUACAAGUCACAUAGGAGCAUUACCGUACUUAGUUGCGAAGUGUGGGCUGAAUGCUCCAGUUUAUGCAACAGUUCCUGUCUUCAAAAUGGGCCAAAUGUUCAUGUACGAUUGGGUUUAUGGUCACAUGAAUGUCGAAGAGUUUGAGCUUUUCUCUUUGGAUGAUGUUGAUAAUGCUUUCAAAAACGUUCAACAGGUUAAAUACAAUCAGACGAUUUUACUAAAAGGAGAUAAUGGGAUUCAAUUCACUCCUUUGCCGGCCGGACACAUGAUCGGAGGAGCCAUUUGGAAAAUUAGUAAGCAGGGUGACGAAGAAAUUGUUUAUGCUGUUGAUUUCAAUCACAAGAAAGAGAGACACUUGAAUGGUUGCACGUUUGAUUCGAUUUCCCGUCCACAUUUGUUCAUCACAGAUGCGUUUAAUGCUCAGUACAAUCAACCUCGAAGACGAGAUCGCGAUGAAGAGCUCGUAACGAAAAUGCUCACAACUGUCAAAAAUGGAGGUGAUUGCUUGAUUGUAAUAGAUACCGCUGGAAGAGUUUUAGAAAUUGCUCAUUUGUUAGAUCAGCUCUGGUCAAACUCGGACGCUGGCCUCUCUCAUUUUAAUCUCGUUAUGUUAAACCAUGUAGCUUCUACUGUUGUUGAUUUUGCCAGAUCUCAAGUUGAAUGGAUGUCUGAUAAAAUUUUAAAAUCCUUUGAAACUGGACAGUUCAAUCCAUUUUCUUUUCGUAACUUACAAUUGUGUUGUUCUCAUGUGGAAUUGACACGAGUUCGGUCACCGAAGGUCGUAUUGUGCAGUGGGCCCGAUAUGGAAUCCGGCUUUUCUCGAGAAUUAUUCUUAGAGUGGAGUUCUGAUACACGUAACACAAUUAUCGUGACUUCUCGCUCUGGCUCAAAAACUCUUGGUUCCCGUCUUAUUAAAAUGGCGACAACAAAUGAUUCUAACAGACAUAUCCAACUAGAGAUUAAAAAGCGGAUCCGCUUGGAAGGGACCGAGUUGGAAAUGUACCGUAAAAUGAAGAUAGAGAGAGAACAAGAGGCAGCACGGCAAAGAUUGGAAGCUAGUCGACGAAAUGCUCGAUUGGGAAUGUCUCAAGACGAUGAUGAAGACAGUGAUGAUGAAGAAGCUUUAGCUAACUCGGUAGCUGCAGUCACUGGAAUUAAACAAAUCUCCUUACCCUUCACAUCCCCUUCGAAAGUUGUCAAUAGACGGCAAUCAUCUCAGUCCUUAGCCCCUCAAACUCCAGCACAAGUUGUUCCAGCUACGACUCCAUUUGAUAACUCACACGAUAUUUUGCUCAAAUGGGAGCACCAGCAAAAAGCAGCUUUUUUCAAACAAAGUAAAAAAAGUUAUCCAAUGUAUCCAUAUAUAGAAGAAAAAGUCAAAUGGGAUGACUAUGGAGAAAUCAUUCGACCCGAAGAGUACAUGACAGCAGACAGUAUUGUUCCUCAAACAGACGGAAGCAAUGCUGAAGAGAAACCUUUGGGACAAACGGAAGAAACUGCCGUAGCUCCAGCUCCUACCGAAGAUUGGCCCACAAAAUGUGUUCGUUACAAUCAAAAAGUCGAAGUCUUGUGCAACAUAGCAUUCAUUGACUUCGAAGGUCGUUCGGACAGUCAGUCUGUCAAGAAAAUAUUAGCACAAAUUCGACCGAAACAACUAAUAAUAGUACAUGGUUCAAAUGAGGACACGAGAACUCUUGCUCAGUAUGCCCAUGAUAACGAUAUUGUUCAAGGUAAAAUAUUCACCCCGAGAUUAGGAGAAAUCGUAGAUGCCACUGUUGAGUCACAUAUCUUCCAAGUUUCUCUCAGUGAUGCGUUGAUGAAUCAGCUGUUCUUCCAAACAGUGCGUGAAGCUGAUUUAUCUUGGAUAGAUGCGAAAAUUAUUCGAAAAAAUCAUUUAUCCCUCGAAGAAGAUAAUAAAGAUGAGAACAUGGAGCUCGAUCCGAAUGACGAGAACGCUGAAGGUAGACGUCUAGCCCAAAAGCGAAGACAAGACUCAAUAUAUCUAGACAUCUUACCGAUCUCCGGUAUCCCUUGUCAUCAGGCCGUCUUUGUGAAUGAUCCAAAGUUAUCUGACAUGAAGCAAAUGCUGAUGUCACAAGGUUAUCAAGCUGAGUUUUCUUCUGGUGUUCUACACAUUGAUGGUAUCGCUUCGAUAAGAAAAAACGAAGCAGGAAAAUUCCAUGUGGAAGGAGUUGCAAGUGUCCAGUACUACAAAAUUCGGGACUUAAUAUAUAAACAAUUUGCCAUUAUUUAA